ACCUUUAAAAUUUGAGAGCAAAACCGACCUUAAAAAAAAAAAAAAAAGCGCAAAAGCAACAAGAGAGGGAAGUGAGAUAACAGUAUAACACUAAGAGAGAGGGAUAGAGAUUAGAGAAUAGAGAAGAAUAGCAAAAUGGGGAACACCUUCUGCUUCUUCUGCGGAUGCAUCCAGCAGUCCAACGUCGGCGUGGUCGAGAAGUGGGGCCGCUUCAGCCGCCUCGCCCAACCUGGCUUCCACUUCUUCAACCCUCUCGCCGGUGAGUGCCUCGCCGGCCUCCUCUCCACCAGGAUCUGCUCCCUUGACGUCCGCGUCGAGACCAAGACCAAGGACAACGUGUUUGUGCAGCUGCUGUGCUCGAUUCAGUACCGUGUUGUGAAGGAGAACGCUGAUGAUGCUUUUUACGAGCUUCAGAACCCUCAAGAACAGAUCCAGGCUUAUGUCUUUGAUGUCACUCGCGCUAUUGUUCCCCGAAUGAACUUGGAUGAACUCUUUGAGCAGAAGGAUCAUGUUGCCAAAGCUGUUCUCGAAGAGCUUGCUAAGGUGAUGGGAGACUAUGGAUAUAGCAUAGAGCACAUACUCAUGGUUGAUAUUAUACCUGAUCCUUCUGUGCGUAAGGCCAUGAAUGAGAUCAAUGCAGCUCAAAGGAUGCAACUAGCUAGUGUGUACAAGGGAGAAGCUGAGAAGGUGCUUCAGGUUAAGAAAGCCGAGGCAGAGGCCGAAUCCAAGUACUUGGGAGGUGUUGGUGUGGCCAGGCAGAGGCAAGCUAUCACAGAUGGCUUGAGAGAGAACAUUUUGAAUUUCUCCCACAAGGUGGAAGGUGCCUCUCCCAAGGAGGUCAUGGAUCUUAUUAUGAUCACUCAGUACUUUGACACCAUCAAAGACCUUGGCAACUCCUCUAAGAACACCACAGUUUUCAUACCCCAUGGCCCUGGCCAUGUUAGGGAUAUUGGUGAUCAGAUACGCAAUGGACUCAUGGAAGCUUCCAGUGCUCAAGUAAAUCUCGACUGAUUUUGCUUGUUACCUUUAUACCCAUACAUAUAUACAUAUUCAUAUACACAUGCAUAUGGUUUUGUAAUAUGCUUCUGCAUUUCAUUCCAAUUGUUGAAACAAUUCAAAAAAUAUUAUGUAACCUGCUUUAUAGGAGCUUUAGUUAAGUCAUUUUUGUUUCCUCUUAUA